AUGGUCCGCAAACUCACGCAACUGGCGAAAAAAGUGCCCACCCGGCCGGAAGGCUGGGUCGGACCCGGCGCUCCUCUGGAGGCGCGCAAACAGGUCUUUCUACCCGAGUUCACCGUCGCCCUCAUCCGCACCCCCUUCCUGCCCCCGCGCUACGCCUCCUUCUACGUCCCGCUCCACCUCAACAAGCUCGACAUGCGCGACUACCUGCAGCGCGCGUACGGGGUCGGUGUGCUGGCCGUGCGCAGCUUCGUCGAGCAGCAGAAGGUCACCCGCAUGAAGAGCCGGGGCCGGUUCGGGUACGGGCCGCUGCGCCGCCCGCAGAGCAAGAAGCGGAUGACCGUCGAGAUGAAGGAGCCGUUCGUGUGGCCCGAGGCGCCGAAGGAGAUGGACAAAUGGGAGAAGGACCAAUACUACAAGGCCGCCAAGUGGCAGCAGGACAUGCAGGACGCCCAGAAGCCCGAGGCCCCCAUGUUGGCCCCCACCAAGGAGCGCGAGUCGUACGCCGCCGAGGCCGAGAAGAUCCUCAGCGGCGAGAAGCCCUGGCGGCCGACUUGGCAGGCGCUGGGGUUGAAUUACGAUCGCGCCGUCGGGGCCAAGCCGGCUACUAGUCCUAAGGCUGGGUCUGGGUCGAGGUCGUGA